CUUCCUCCUCAUUGUUGCCUUGUGCUGCUGCUUCUUCUUCUUCUUCUUCUCCUUCUCCUCCUCCUUCCUAUUCUUUUGUUGUGCCCAUCAAAGAUGAUGCUAAACUUUGGGAAGCUUCUUUGCCUACCCUCUACCGUAAAUGUGGUUAUCUUCGUCUCCCUCGCCCUUGUCGCGGGCGGGAAGCUCGCCGCCUCCUCCGCGCCGUCCAACCGCAGCGCGCCGGCCGUGCCGGCGGUGAUUGUGUUCGGCGACUCGAUCGUCGAUCCUGGGAACAACAACGGGAUGAAGACGAUAGUCAAGUGCAAUUUCCCGCCGUACGGGAGGGACUUCAUGGGAGGGAAGCCGACCGGAAGGUUUUGCAACGGGAUAGUCCCCUCGGACAUACUCGUCGAAGCAUUUGGAGUUAAGCAGUACUUGCCUGCUUAUUUGGACCCGAGCCUCAAAUUAGAAGACCUCCUCACCGGGGUUAGCUUCGCUUCCGGCGCAUCCGGUUACGAUCCUCUCACCUCGAAACUCGCCUCGGUCUUGUCGCUAUCGGAUCAACUAAACCUGUUUAAGGAGUACGUGAACAAGAUCAAAUCGGGCGCCGGAGAAGAGAAGGCAUUGAACAUCGUCACGAACAGCCUCUACAUAGUGGUGUGCGGAAGCGACGACAUUGCAAACACAUACUACACGACUCCAUUCAGGAAAGGGGAAUACGACAUACCGGCCUACACCGAUCUCAUGGUCAGUUCGGCUUCAAGCUUCUUUCAGGAGCUCUAUGGAUUAGGAGCAAGAAAAAUUGGAGUCCUGGGUCUACCACCGAUCGGAUGUGUGCCCUCACAGAGAACACUUGAUGGAGGACUGGCAAGAGCCUGCUCAGAGCCAGCCAAUCAAGCAGCAACCCUCUUCAACUCCAAGCUCUCCUCAGAAAUGGACUCCCUCAACCGAAAGCUCCCUGGCUGCAAUCUAGUCUAUAUGGACAUCUACUCUCCCUUGGUCUCCAUCAUCCAAAACCCUUCGCAACACGGAUUUGAAGUGGUGGACAGAGGGUGCUGUGGCACGGGGAACAUCGAAGUGAGCGUACUGUGUAACCGUCUGGACGAUUUCAAGUCAUGCAAAGAUGACACGAAGUACGUCUUCUGGGACAGUUACCAUCCGACGGAGAAGGCCUAUAAGAUCCUCACGAAACAAGUGAUCAGCCAGUAUGCUGACAAGCUUCUCCGAGACCACUAGGCAUUAUUAGUUGUUUCCGGGUGAAUUGGAUUAGCAACCACCCUCGCAGUUUCCAUAACGCCCCUGCCUCGUAUUAUAGAUUGUAAUGGUGGCAGUAGAAAAUUGCAACUGUCAGUCAGCCGUCUAUCCAUUUCGUUCUCUCAGCGAUAGUGUGAAACAUUCAACUCUUCAUUCAAAAUUCUCCCAAUUAUUGAAACUAUGAUGGUACUUUAAGUGAAUGUUUUCUUCUUA